AUGACCGCCACCGAUGAUAACCAUCAUCUGAUUACCGCUGAUGAUGACAAUAUAGCUAUCACUGAGUCCAUCGACAAUCAUUUACUAACCGAUGAUCACAACAAUGAUAAUAAUAAUAUUAAGUCAAUAUUGAUGGCAACCAUCACCACCACCACCGCCACCGCCACCGCCACCGCCACCGCCACCGCCACCGCCACCGCCACCACAACUACCACCACUACUAAAACAACAACAUCAACAAUAGAUAAGCUAUUGAUGAUGACUACCAUUGCGGACAACAGUGAUGUGUCGUCGACAACGUUGACGCCGCCGCUGCCGCCGCCGCUGCAGUGGGUAAAUAAUAAUCCGAAAACAACAAAAAAACCCGAUUCGUGGCUACAAAGACUAUUGAAACGUUUGGCCAAAACACUACAUUACGGCCAAAACGAUGCACCCGUUGAACUGAAAUCAGUUUUGGGUUAUCUAAAACGUUUCGGCUAUAUAGCAGCUGUCAAGCGGCUUAUCCGCGAAGGUGUUAACCAUCGGGUAUCUGCUCACCGAACUCGUCGGAAAAAGCCGUGGCGACAGCGGACCAGUUUUGGCAAACUGUUGCGCGAAGAUAUCAAAUCCAUGGCCGAUAUUAUACGGACGGCACUGAAAUUGUUUCAACGAUUUAUGCGAAUCACUGUCACCGGCGAACCCGAUAAGGAUACACUGACAAGGAUGAACAGACCCCGAUGCGGUGGUAAGGAUAUGGGGGAACAGCGUAUGUCACCAAACUAUAUGACACUCAGGGAUCGGAUCAAAAACUAUCUGAGUUUAAAACUAAAUGAAACGGGUCUAUGGAUUGACGCCAAACUGCAGAAAGUUUCAAACAAAUUGCAUCAUAAAUCCAGACCAAAAAGACACGUAUUGGCCGGUAGCCGAUGGAAGAUCAAAAACAUUACGUAUAAGAUAACCAAAUAUCCGUCAAAAUUCCGUACAAAUGCCAAAAAACAUAUCAUUGACGAACAGAUUGCCCGGGCAUUCAAAUACUGGUCGGAUGUAUCCAAUUUGAAUUUUAUACGUAUGCCGGCAUCGACACCGGCCAAGGAUGUCAUCAUUGAUAUACGCUGGGAAAAUGGCGAACACGGAGACGGCGAUCCACUGGACGGUGUCGGCAAAGUACUGGCCCACUCGUACUUUCCCCAGUAUGGCGGCGACGCACACUUCGAUGACGACGAAAUAUGGACAGUCGAUGUACCCGAAGGAUCCAACAUAUUGGUGACAUCCAUACACGAAUUGGGCCAUUCACUGGGUUUGGACCAUUCGGAUGUAUCCGAUUCGCUCAUGAAUCCAGUCUAUCCGCCCUACCGACCCAAUUGGCAACUAUCGCAGGACGACAUACGGGCCAUACAUAUACUGUACGGACCGCGUCCGGGUGUAGCCGAAAUACCCAAUCUGUGCAACCCGAAUAUGACUGCCGACGCUGUCUACAAACCGGUCAAUUCGACAUCGAUUUUCGUAAUGAUUGGCCAACACUAUUGGCGUAUCAAAUCCGAUGAAAUGACCAUCGAUUCGGAAUAUCCGAAACCGAUUGGCCACAAAUUUCCCGGUCUCGAUGACGGCAAUUUGAAUGCGGCCAUCGAAUUGCCCGACACUAGUAUUAUGGUGUUUAAGAAUAGCGAUUGCUAUAAGUUUAUCGAUGAUAAACUGGUUCCAGGAUUUCCAGCCAAAUGCAAACAAUUGUAUCCAUCAUUACCGGCUGAGCCCAGCGCUGUCGUCCAAUUGGACGGUUAUAUCUAUGCAUUUAAUGGUGCUGAGUACUGGACAUAUAUCGUUGAAGAUUCAAAGAAAAGCCCGACAGAGAUAAAUGCCUUGAAUGAAAAGGAGGCGCCCAAACCUAUUGUCAGCAAAUGGCCUAAAGUACCCGAUAAUGUUGACGCUGUACUCAAUAUGAAACAGUCGAUAUAUUUUUUCAAAGGCGACCUAUUUUAUCGACUGUCCCGAUUCAAUAAUCAAUUUAAGCCAACCGAUAGUUUGCCUCCCUAUCCCCGUAAGAUAAGUAUGUAUUGGUUUGGAUGUUCGUAAAUGUUGUUAAAAUUGUGGUGUCGGGUAAUAAUGACCGGCCGUUUAAUUACUACUACAAUAACAACAAUUAAAA